CGUGUCUCAAAAUCUCGCUGCCGCUGCGGCGGGCGCCUCUCCUGACGCCUGGCUGCCGCAGCGGCCCUGGAGGAUUGGGCCUGGCACGCACGCCCAGCGGUCUCGCCGAUCUCCCAGGCCCCACGUCGCGCUCGCAGCGGUGCGUGUCUGGCGGUGUGGCGCACGGAGGCCUGCCGUGCCGAGCUGCCGGGAGCGCGCGGCGUGCUCGCUGCGCCUCUGCCGUGUUGCCGUCGCCGUGGGCUCUCCCCGCCCUCGUCGCUGCCUUCGCCGCUCCCGCACUCCACAUCCAACGGGCGUCGAAGCUGCACUCGGCGCCGCGCUCGAGCAGCAUGCUCGCGGCUGCGGCACGCCGUCCGCCGUGGCCGAGUUGCCCCCUUGCGUGCUGGGUGCGUCCUUGACGCUCGCAACCGCCCGCUCCGGCACUGGUGUGUGGUGCGUCAGGCAUGGCCGCGGAUGGACAAAGAUCUCUACAAAAGGCAGGUCCUCGUCGCUCCCAGAGUCUGCCCUCCAUCAGCUCUCUCUCCGUCGCCUGCCUCUCCCGCCUCCUGCUCCGGCUCUCCUCUCCUACGCCCGUCGGCACCCACACGCUCUUCAGCAACUCCCUUACCAUGCACGCCUCGCCUCUUCUUCUCGCCCUCGCGGCGCUCAGCUCGCUCUCCGCCGUGCUCGCCACGCCGACGUCCUUCGAGGGUGUCGCCCACAUCCCGCGCCGCAACGAGGCACCGGUCUACAAGACCUGCCAGAAGCGCAACACCGUCGCGCUGACGUUUGACGACGGCCCGUGGAAGUACGAGAAUGCGCUGCUCAACGAGCUCGACCAGGCCGGCGCCAAGGCAUCGUUCUUUGUCAACGGCAACAACUACGGCUGCAUCUACGACCACGCCAAGUCGCUGCGCCGCGCCUUCAACGACGGCCACCUCGUCGGCUCGCACGGCUGGGAGCACCAGGACUUUACGCAGCUCAGCCGCAAGCAGAUGCACUCGGAGCUCGCGCGCAACGAGCGUGCCUUCCAGAAGAUCCUCGGCGUCAAGCCGCGCUACUUCCGCCCGCCGUACGGCAACCUGAACAACGACGUGCUCGAGGUGCUCAACGAGCGCGGCUACCGCGGCGUGUUCCUGUGGAACAAGGACACAAAGGACGCCGACGGCGCGGGUGCCGACGAGGGCAAGCGGGUGUACGACAACAUCAUGAACGCGGCGCCGCGCUCCGCCAUGGUGCUCAACCACGAGACGAUCCCGGGCACGGUGCACCGUGUCAUGCCGUACGCGCUGCCUGGCCUCAACCACGCCGGCCUGCGCCUCGUCACCGCCGCCGAGUGCUCUGGGCACGGCUCGGACCCGAGCAACUGGUACGAGCGCGUUGGCGGCCGCGAGGAGCGCAACGACUCGUGGAACUGCUGAGCCCACUCGCACCCACUCACCUCGAUCGCGCCGCGGCACCUGCUGUUGCGUGCGCAUCGCAGAGACCUCUCUCGACCUCCUCCUCCUCCGGCCUUUCUGCAUUCACACGCCUCAUCUUCGCAUCGUCUCCUACCCGCUGUAUCCCUAUCGCAUCGUCGCUCCGUCCCGACCUAAUGUCAUCUGCUCG